AUGUAUUCGGAUAGUGAAUUGACUUUCGGACGCUCGCCAUCAGACCACGAAGCUGUUCAACCUUCUAGUUUCACAAUACGAUUGGUUGUCGACGAUGAACCAGUUGAUAUAGAGUUUCGCGUGCCGAAAGAUUAUCCUUUCCAGAACUCCCCAACAGUUUUCAUUAGAAGGCAGGGGGCAUUUCAUGAGGAUCGGUAUGUCUUCAGAAUAAAUAAUGAUCUUCGAGAUUGGAUUCAUCAGCAGCAGCUAGGAAUCCCUCUAGUUACUGAGAUUAUUUCAUGGAUAGUCGAGAACCUUGCGAAAUAUGAAGCGGGGCGUGCCAAUCAAUGUGAUCAGGAGACGAAUUCAUGUGAGCCUGAUUGCUCAGAGGAGUUUGCACGGUAUUACAUAUUGUCUCAUCACCUCCGUUCUUCUGUGAAGAGGUCAAACAUACUACAGCUAGCAAAAGAACUACAUUUGUCCGGAUUUUCUUCACCCGGAAAGCCCGCUGUUAUCAUAGUCGAAGGGAAAACAUCAUCAUGUGAAGAGUUUUGGAGAGAAGUGAAAUCGUGGUCAUGGCAGCGAAUUUCAUUACGACAUUCAGGUAGCAUUUGA